UGUCUUAUUUAUUUUUUAAUCAACUGAUAUAAGUUAUACAUGUACUGUAAAAUAUUCCUUGUUAUUUAGUAUUUUCGGUACUUUUUAAUAUAGAGUCCUUUUUAAAUUUGUUUACUGGAACCGUACAACAACGUAUUGCUGGUGUUAUACUGUAUAUUGAAACCGGUAUACGCUGAGAAUUGGAAUAGUCCAGACGGACAACAAACACAAGUCAGGAUUCAGACACCAUAAUCAUUUAUUUCCUUAAUUUUUAGAGACUUUCCGAAUGAUGUGAAGUUGGAACUGCAUGAUGGUCGGAAAAUACUUGUUUUGUAUCUAUUUAGUUUUUGUUUCCAAUUACAUUCUCCCAACAGCUGCGCAGUCGACAGGUUCAUGUGGCGUUUCAGCACUUACCCGGAAUUCCUCUGAAACGAGAAUACAAUUCAUAGAAUUUAGUGGAGAUAAUGCAUUUGACUGUAAGUGGUUUAUAAACGGACCUGCCGGGAAACCAAUCUACCUUGCUCUCAAUUAUCUAACAAUCGGAGGGGAUUGCUCACAAUCUAGUAUUGAUUUUACGUUUACAAAUAAUGCAAAUGAGACCUAUUGUACCGAAAAUAUCACAUCUGAAACUCCGCUACCCAUAGCGACAGGACAUGCUACCAUACAUUUCCGUUCAAAUAUUGAUAGUUUUCGACAUGCAUUUAAAGUCUCCUUUAAAUCAUAUAUAGCAGUGGAGGAACCAUUUAGCGACAAUGUUAGGGGAGACAUCGGAGUAAUACUUGCAAUAGUCCUUGGUGUAGUGUUACUGGGGUCAAUGUUUGUUGCUGUUACUUUUUGUACCAUCAAGCUAUAUCUGAGAUGCAAAAACAGGGAUCCUGAACCAUCUGAGAUGACGGCUAUCACUAAUAUCCGUGCGGAAACAAUGAGGGCGAUUACAUUAAAGGACGACUUUGACAUAAAACCAUUAUCAAGAUUGGUUAGGGCGAAAACAGGGUCAACAGAAAGAAUACUACAGACAAGAGAAGCUUAUGCUUAAUCUUUGCUGUGAACUUAAAGAGGGACGAAGUGACUGUAGAGUACUAAACAUGAUAAAAUACGUACUAAACUUGUACCGGUGAUAUAAAUAUUAAAAGGUGAUAAAAGACUUA